GCCGUGCACGGGACACAAAACGCCUUGAGCGUCACUCACAGUCAGUCGGGUGGCAACUGUUAGGCAUGUGGGUUUUCUUUAAUGCAGUUUGCUGUUUAUAUGCGGAAUUUUACACCCCUUAAUAUUUAAAACACCCACGAUUUUUUAUAUUUAGUUAUUUUUUAACCAUUUCUGUUACAGUGGUCAAUCCGUAAAAAAUAUUCAUCAAGUAAUUUUAUUCUAAUAAUAUAAGAAGCAAAAACAAUGAAAAUUUAUUGUUGUAAUAACAUGCAGUGUCAAACAUGUGAAUUGUGCAAUUGAUUUGAUUUAAAGAAGUUUAUUGUCACCGAAGUGCGCUCACGAGAGUUUACCUCAAGUGCCAAACAGGGGUUGGAUAUAUACAUGCUCCAAAACGUUCAUCACUAACCCGCCAUGGUUGCCAAGCAUUUUACACAGGGCUCCAGCCCAGAAGCCGGAGUGCCGGACAUGACAAUCAUCAGCGACAUCGAUGAGAGUGGUAUUAACCGCAACCUCCAAGUUCGGUACAAAAGAGACCAAAUUUAUACAUACACGGGUUCUAUUCUAGUCGCAGUGAAUCCAUACAAAGAAGUUGACUUUUACACUAUGGAUUACGUGAAUCGCUAUCAUGGUCAAAAAAUGGGUGCUCUGGAGCCGCACGUUUUUGCACUUGCCGAAGCGGCUUAUCGGUCACUAGAAGACAACGAAUGCAAUCAAUCAUGUGUAAUAUCAGGAGAAAGUGGAGCUGGCAAGACUGAAACAACAAAAUUUAUCCUACAAUAUUUAUGCUCUGUGACAAGUAAUGUCGAUACUUGGGUUGAACAACAGAUUCUUGAAGCUAACACUAUAUUAGAAGCAUUUGGUAACGCAAAAACAGUAAGAAAUGACAAUAGUUCGAGAUUUGGUAAAUUUAUGCAAGUAUGUUUCGAUAACAAAUGGAUGAUAAAAGGAUGUAUUAUUCAAGACUAUUUACUUGAACAAUCGCGUAUCACAUUUCAAAGUCCUGGCGAACGGAACUAUCACGUGUUUUAUCAGCUAGUUGAAGGUGGAACACGAGACAAAGAGUUUGCUGAACAGUACAAGCUUGCACCCGCAAGCUCUUACAAGUAUUUAAAUCAGUCUGGUUGUAUAAAGAUAGAUGGUAUAUCGGACGGAAAAAAAUUAGAUGCAUUGAGAUUAGCAUUUAAUGUUCUUCAAGUACCAAGUGAAAUGUGUGAAGGUAUUUACAGAGUAUUAUCGGCAAUAUUGUGGCUGGGUAAUUUAAACUUUGAAGAUGUAGACGGCGAAAGAUGCGAGUUAACGAGUGAAGAUCUUGAAAUAGUUGGCAAGGUGGCGCCAUUAUUAGGUCUACAAAUUGAAGAUCUUACUCGAGUUGUUUUGGUACGACAGAUCAAUGUACGUGGUAACAUCACUGAGAUACCACUUAAAGUGCAAGAGGCGCGAGAAAACAGAAAUGCUAUGGCUAAGGCUCUCUACUCAAGAACUUUUGCUUGGUUAAUAAAUCACAUAAAUAACUGCACAAAUCCAGGACAAGACAGCUCAAGAUUUUUGGGCGUUCUUGAUAUUUUUGGUUUUGAAAACUUUGCUGUUAACAGUUUUGAGCAACUUUGUAUUAAUUAUACCAAUGAAAAGCUUCACAAAUUUUUUAAUCACUAUGUCUUCGCUAUUGAACAAGAACUUUAUCGCCAAGAAGAAAUUCAAUACUCUCAUAUAACAUUUACAGACAAUACUCUGUGUUUAGAAUUAAUUGAAAAACCACCACGAUGUGUACUUAAAUUGUUAACAGAACAAUGCCAUAUGCCAAAAGGUUCUGAUUUAGCAUACUUGACAAAUUUACACGCCGAGUUCGAGACUCAUCCGUGUUUUGUUAAAGGUGAGGAUCGCCGUAAAUGGGAAACUGAAUUCGGAGUUAAACAUUACGCUGGUUGUGUAACAUAUACUGUUGAAGGAUUUGUUGACAAAAAUCGGGAUGUUCAGCAGGAUGUCUUCUUUGACUUUAUGUCACGGAGUACAAAUGAGUUCGUGCAGGAAAUAACGGCAUAUCAAGAUUUGUUGGGAUGUACAGUAGCUCGAGCUGCCGGAAACUCAGCUACAAUGUCUCGUGGCACGACUAAAGGUAAACCGACACUCUGUGAUUCUUUUAGACACCAAUUACAAGCUCUUGUUGAUGUAUUACAAGCUACGACACCUUGGUAUGCCAGGUGUAUUAAGCCAAAUAUGAAUAAAAGUGCUAAUCAUUAUGAUGAAAAGUUGGUACUUGACCAACUUAAAUAUUUGGGAAUGCUGGAUAUCAUUAGAAUCCGCAAAGAAGGUUUUCCUGUGCACAUGCCUUUUCAUGACUUUGUUGCACGGUUUCGGUGCCUUGUCAAAGGCCGCACAAUGUUGCCAAGAGAUGACAAAGAAGCCACUAAGUGUUUGAUAAAAGCUCAAGGAAUUCCAGAGACUGAAUGGCAAAUCGGUAAAACCAAAGUUUUUCUUAGAAAUUAUGUACACGAACCACUAGAAGAUUCUCGGAAUCAAAUGGUUACCAGAAAUGCUAUUGUCAUACAAAAAGUUUGGCGAGCUUACACCAUUCGAAAAGAGUAUCGACGGGUAAGAGAAGCAGCGCUGAAAGUCCAACAUGCCUAUCGUGGUUGGAAACUUCGUAUAAUGUUUAUAAGAAAGCGAAGAGCAGCAAUUGUAAUUCAAUCUCAUUUGCGAGGAGUGUUUGCACGAGAAGUAGCAGCUGCUUUACGAGAAAUGCGACGAGUAGAUGAAGAAAUGAGAAAACGGGAACGAAUGGAAGAGGAGCGAAGACUGAUGGAAGAUAAGAAAGCUCUUGAAGACAGUCAAAGAAAAGCACAAGAAGAAAUUGAUGCAUUGUCCCAGAUGGCCGAACAAUUAAACUCAAAGAUGGCAACGACAGAAAUACAAUCUGUAGACUUGGACAAUCUUUUUUCAUUUUUAUCUGAUGUUCAGUCAACUAAAAGUAAUCAGCUUGCAAUUGAUGAAAUUGGCGAGAGAAUGGAUGAAUUAGUUGAAGACUUAGAUGCUGAACUGGAAAAUGUUAUUCAGAUGGAGAUGGAAUUGAUAGCUAAGUCAGAGUCAAAGAUGUCAAAUUUGAAUUCACCAGAUGACAAAUGUAAUGGAACAGCAAGUGCAGGAAAACUAGGGCAACCCAGUUUACCAGAACCUACAGGACCACCUCCUCCGCCUCCACCACCUCCGCUUCCUCACACCACAAAUGGAGACUCAUCUUCGGAAACUGGAGAACCGAUUUACGAAUCAGUAUUACCCAGAGAAGAAAAUGGAUCAACUAGUCCUAUUAUUAUAAAUGGUAAUGCUAAUCCAAUAAUAAACGGUGAUAGCUGCGGAUCUCCUCCACCUAUUCCAGUCAGCAAAAUUAUUAAAGAACCAUCAAUAGGGAGUCCGCCAUCUCGACCUGAAUCGAGAAAUUCAAAUAACCAUCAUCCACAUCAAAAUCAUCAUCAUCAUCACCAGUUAACUUCACCGCAGAAUCAUGAUCAAUUAUCACAAGUAACGCAAGGGCUCCAACUUCCGCAAACUCAACAACCAGUAGAACGUGAACAGCGCCGCAAGUUCCGAGUUGAACGAAAACUAAUGGAGCUUGAAGAAAAGAAAGAGCCAGUUGAAAAUGAAGUCACGUAUCAUGAUAUCGUUGAAUUUGCCCAGAAUUACUUCAAUAGUCAUGAACGUUCACCGGAAGGAACAAUUAUGGCGACGUUGACCAGAAAAUCACGCGGCAAAAGCAUUGAAUUUGUUCCCAAGUAUGAGAUGGUUACUUAUUACAAAGGCUCCAGUAUUCCUAAUUCUCAUAUCCACAUGUACGAUCCUGACAACGUUAAUCUCGCAUGCUCAGUCUUUCGGGAUCUUUGCAAGUAUCUUCGGGGUGAAAUGAAACUAGAGCAGGAGAUUGUUACUAUUCAAACAAUAAUUGGUCACGGUAUCGAACGAGAAGAGCUUCGUGAUGAAAUAUUAGUUCAAUGCAUUCGUCAAGCGACAAACAAUCCCAACGUAGAGUGGUCCGAACGUGUAUGGCUACUGCUCUGUUUAGCCAUAGUUGCAUUUCAACCGAGUAAAUUACUGUACAAGUAUUUUGUUUCCUUUUUAAAGAAAAAUCUUGCAUUAGAAGGUAAACUGAGACAAUAUGUCCAAUGGUGCGUGGACAAUUGCAAAAAUACAAAAGUAUCUUGUCGACAGUAUCCUCCGUCGACAGUAGAAAUUGCCGCAAUGAGACGACUGGGGACGAUUGUUUGUAGAUUCUUCUUCCUUGAUGGUAGAACUAAAGCAAUUGAUGUCCAUCCCACAGACACUGCUGCGGAUGCGGCAGCAAAACUAGCUGAAAAGCUGGGUCUCCGAUCUCUUGAGGGCUGGGCUAUUUACCAAAGCCGACCUGAUGGUGAGGAACAUGUCCGUGCUCAUGAUUAUCUGUAUGACGUAAUUGCAGCAUGGGAAAUGAAGCAAUGUAAACUUAACACAUCCCAAUCUUCAUUCUCGACACUGAGAAGAGGCAGCAAUCAGACUCUCGGUAGUGGUGACAAUCGUUUUGUCUUCAAGCGUCGAUUGUUCCGUAAUACUCGAGAAUUAUCUCAAGAUCCAGUGGAAGUAAAUAUGCUGUAUGCCCAAGCUGUUUAUAAUGUUGUUAAAUGUGAUGAUUUUCCGGUUUCCGAGAAAGUAGCUCUUCAACUGGCUGGUCUUCAAGCUCAAGUUGCCUUGGGAGAUCCUAAAGACAAUGAUCGUCUUGACUAUUACAGCGAGGUUGAUAGCUUCUUACCUUAUCGCAUAAGUCGUGCUCGUGGAGAUGAUGUCUGGGUGCCAAUAAUAGCUCAAGCUCACAAACAAUACGGUGCAGGUCGAUCAGAACUUACUGCUAAAGUUUUAUAUCUCUCGUGUGUAAUGCAAUAUCCCCUUUACGGUACUACAAUGUACAAUGUUACCUAUCGAGGCUAUUGGUCUUAUGGGAAUCAAUUGAUUUUGGGUAUCAAUUGUGAUGGUCUCAUGUUAAUAAAACCAGAGGAUAAAUUCGUUCUUGCGGAAUAUCGCUAUCAAGAUGUAGAAAGUAUUAUGCUUGACCCGAGUGAUUCUUUCAUUACUUUAUCACUAUUGAGACAUAAUCCCGACAGUUCUCACAAGUGUUUUGUCUUUGAGACACCCCAAAAAAAUGAAAUCGGUAGUUUAAUUGUAAGUUACUGUCCUGCUCUAGCAGGAUGGAUUACUGAAAAUGAAGCACCAGCUAAAAAAGCCAAAGGUAUGACUAAUGAAGAUAGAAUAAGACUUUAUCAUAAUUUAGUAAACUGUCGUCGAACUCUAGUCGACUCGGAGAUAUUGAGAAAACCUCAGGACACUGGUGGUGGUUUUAUUCGUAAUACAUUACGUCGUCUAUCGAAACACCGAAUCGAAAAAUUACGUCAAGAGCACGGAGCAAAUACAGAUCACGGUGAAACCUACAAAGGAUUCCCUCAUGUUUAUUGGGCAUUUAGUAGACAGGCAAUACCACAGAGCUUAACUAAAUUACCAGACUCUGAAGAGCAAGUAGCUCUGAGUAUCUUCCAAUUAAUUUUGACCUAUGCAGGACUUGGACAAAACGGCGAUACAGUUCGUAGUGUUGAAGAUGAACAUGUUAAUCUCAUUCAAACUGUUAUGGAACGUUGCAUGCGCAAGGAAAGUCUUUUAGGUGAAAUGUAUCUCCAAUUAAUAAAACAAGCAACAGAUCAUCCGGAUCCAAAUAGUCGAGUAAAUUUGAGACACUGGGCUCUGUUGUCUCUCGCCUGUUCGGUUAUUCUGCCGCCACAAAAAAUAAUACGAAAAUACUUGAUCGCCCAUUUGAAACGAUGUGCAAGUGAUUACGUUACUGAAGAAGGCAAGUAUGCGAGAUUCGCUGAAAAGUGCCUGUACAAAACUCAAGGAACUAGAAGAAGGCAAUGGCCUCCAAGUCGCGAAGAAAUAAUGUGUACAAUUAAUCGAAGACCUAUUUACGCACGUUUUCAUUUUAUGGAUGGUCAGUAUCAUGCUGUCGAAUUCCAUCCGUCAGCUACUGCUCGUGAUGUUAUGGAAAUUAUUAAAGCUAAAAUUGGACUUCAUGAGUCUGCUUUGGGGUAUGCUAUUUACGAAGUUCUUGGAGUCACUGAAAGAGCUCUAGUUCCUGAGGAAAAAUUAGCAGAUGUUAUGUCCAAAUGGGAGCGAUACAGAACAGCCAGUGCUAACCAGCAAGGACAACAAGUGCCGAGAAAACACGGACACCAUCUGUUUCUCUUUAAGAAACAUUUAUUCCUAGAUCAAUAUAUGAAUCUUGAUGAUCCUGUAGAGAAAGAAUUAUUGUAUCACCAAGUUCUACAUGAUCUUCGUGCUGAUAGAUACCCAAUUACUGAAAUGGAAGCUAUUAUGUUUACUGCCUUACAAGCACAAGUGGAACUGGGUGAUUGUCAGGAUAUUCCAAAUCAUCCAGAUUUACGUACAAUCGCUAAUCACUGCCUACCAUCACGAAUAGUGCCGAAUGUUCCUAUUGAAGCCGUGGUGCAACAUCAUCAAUCAUUGCGUGGUAUGACACCAUUUGAAGCCAAAAAAUCUUUUUUGAAUCUUAUACAAUCAUGGCCACUUCACAAAGCAACAAUAUUUGAUGUAAUGCAAUCUUUUACGUCAAAUUGGCCUAGAGUUUUGUGGCUGGCCGUUGAUCAACAAGGACUUCAUUUAUUGGAGCAUCGAUCUAGGAAUGCUUUAUGUACCUACGAAUAUAGCAGUAUUUUAAGUUACAGUCCUGCACUUAAUUGUCUUAUGAUAAUUACUGGAACAGAUAAGAAACAAAGCAAAGUCAUUUUAACUACGUCACAGGCUUUCCAAAUUGCUAAUUUAAUACGUGAGUACAUGGAAGUAUUACAAAUACCUCCGGAAGUUCCAAAGAGAGAAUCUACGAUGAAUCAACAGAUGAAUCAACAUCAGCCUCCAGUAAUGAAUGUGACAGCACCAAGUGGCCGUAAAUCUCGACCAGCUUCGAUGUUGCACAGAGGUGCUCCAAUAAUUCAUUCGCAAGCUAGUUAAAGAUAAUUAAGUGGCAAUCAUCUAUGAGCUCUUGUCCAACUGAAAAAUACAUUACAUUAAAGAAAUAGUUUUUAGUCUGGACAAUUGACUAUUUUUACCAACGAGGCCUAUUCAAUAACGGUGACUGUAGGACAUUAUUAUUUAGGUACUUUUUCUUCCAGUAUUUAAUAUAAGUAUAGCGUAUUAUUAAAUUUUGAAUAAUAUAUAAAUUUAUCGUUGAUAAAAAUGGUUAGCCAUGCGUUCAGGCCAACGCCAUUGCAUUAGAUCACACAAAUAUUAUCAUAAAAACUGCCAUUGAAUUCUCUAUCGUAAAAAAAAAUUAAAAAAAAAAAAACUACGUU